AUGCAAUCCUACGAGAUCUCAUUUCUCAUCACUAAAUUCGGCUUCUUUUUGGCAGUCUUCGCCAACUCGUUUUUGAUCUACAUCACUUUGUGCCACGUCCGAAAAAUCGAUGCCAUCUAUAAAACGAUGGUGUCGUUCUAUGCAAUGCUGGGAAUUCUGUUCUCCGGUUGGGAAUUGAUUGCGAAACCGUUCAUGCACAACUUCAAUGAGUCCAUGGUGUUCUUUAGUCUCCGAACUACAGUAUCCCAGAAAUUCUUCCAAUUCUCGAUUGCCUUUUACGCCGGCAUGAGUGAAGCGUUGAUGGCGUUGAUGGCCGCGCAAUUUGUGUAUCGAUAUUUGGUUAGUUGCCGAGCCGAACACUCGAAAAAGUAUGAGCAGGGAUCGGGACUACUGUGGAUACUGUACCCGGCGAUUCCGGGAAUACUGUAUUAUUCCUCGUUUUAUUUGUUCUGCUUACCCGAUCAUUAUGCGGAUAGUUAUUUGAGGACCGAAUUCCAGUUCAGCUAUGGCUUGGACGUUUCCACGGUUCCUCGAUUUGUUAUUCUUUCAUAUAAUUUGGAUGGAUCGAUUCGCUGGAAAAAUCUGUGUUUCCUGGCACAAGCCGUAUUUAUCCUGGGCUUUCAUUAUUUGAUAAUUGUACUUUUUGCAAUCAAAAUGCAUUUUCAAUUAAAAAAGAAACUUUCCGAGUACUCGACAACAUAUUCUCGACUUCAAAAUCAAAUAUUUCUUGCAUUAAUUCUUCAAACUUUAAUUCCAACAUUCAUUUUCAUCCUUCCAGCUGGUCCCAUCUUUUUUGGUCCCCUUUUAUCACCGAUUUUCGAUUUUCCGAUUCGCCUAAAAUCCGGAUGGUUAUGCUCGAUUUUCAGUGUCUAUCCUGCCAUUGAUUCCAUUGUUUUUAUGGUGGUUGUGAAGGAAUACAAGAGGAGUGCUACAAAUCGAGUGGUGGGCGUUUUCAAACCGAAUGUACAGUUUUCAGCGCAAAGUUUCACUAUUGAUGUUAGAUCGAGACAAGUGUUGUGA